UGAUGCUUGCCCGCGUAGCGGGCAAGCAUCAUCGUUUAGCCAUACUGCGGUUACAACUCAUCGCGGGCAGACGCACCAACGCUCCCCCUCGCACACCAAGCCGCCAUGACGAACACAUUCAUUCUCCUGACGGGGGUGUUGCUGCUGCCGCUGAUUAAAGCGGUUCGUGCACGUGAACUGAAAGGCUGUGUUGCUGAUAAAGUCUUGAAGAGCGGGGAGGACAGAGCAAUCACCAUCCUUGACGAGUUCGAGACAAGUAUUUGGUUUUGGCCUGAAAAGGACUUCAAAGGCUUCACUCUUGAGGCUGGAAGUGAAUUGAAUCAAAUCUUUAAUUUCUCUGGCAAGGAAUGUAGCUUGCAAAACAGUGCCGCGUGGCAGGAUUUGCAGAUUAUUAAACUGAACGAAAAAAAAUUUACCAGGUUUAUAAUCAAGCUAGAAGGCCAAAGUUGUGAAAAAAGUGGUAACUUUAAGAUAAAUGAGACUUUCACUCUAGUGGGUCAUGGAGCCUCAUACUGGAGAUACAACCCCCCACGCGAUUCCAAAGAGCCUCCCUGCAACACAGCUAGCACAGACGAGACUCCCGUACCAAGAAUCACGCUGGAACUGACAUCACGGCGAAAAAACAGUAUUUAUCGCAGAAGUCCGCCGUUUCAUUCAGCAUCAAUGACCACAGCACCGGUCACCACAGCACCAGUCAAAACAGCAACAGUGACCACAGCACCGGUCACCACAGCACCAGUCAAAACAGCAACAGUGACCACAGCACCGGUCACCACAGCAACAGUCAAAACAGCAACAGUGACCACAGCACCGGUCACCACAGCAACAGUCAAAACAGCAACAGUGACCACAGCUCCGGUCACCACAGCACCAGUCACCACAGCACCAGUCAAAACAGCAACAGUGACCACAGCACCGGUCACCACAGCACCAGUCAAAACAGCAACAGUGACCACAGCACCGGUCACCACAGCACCAGUCAAAACAGCAACAGUGACCACAGCACCGGUCACCACAGCAACAGUCAAAACAGCAACAGUGACCACAGCACCGGUCACCACAGCAACAGUCAAAACAGCAACAGUGACCACAGCUCCGGUCACCACAGCACCAGUCACCACAGCACCAGUCAAAACAGCAACAGUGACCACAGCACCGGUCACCACAGCACCAGUCAAAACAGCCACAGUGACCACAGCACCGGUCACCACAGCGCCAGUCAAAACAGCAACAGUGACCACAGCACCGGUCACCACAGCACCAGUCACCACAGCGCCAGUCAAAACAGCAACAGUGACCACAGCACCGGUCACCACAGCACCAGUCACCACAGCGCCAGUCAAAACAGCAACAGUGACCACAGCACCGGUCACCACAGCACCAGUCAAAACAGCAACAGUGACCACAGCGCCGGUCACCACAGCGCCAGUCAAAACAGCAACAGUGACCACAGCGCCGGUCACCACAGCACCAGUCAAAACAGCAACAGUGACCACAGCACCGGUCACCACAGCACCAGUCAAAACAGCAACAGUGACCACAGCACCAGUCACCACAGCGCCAGUCAAAACAGCAACAGUGACCACAGCACCGGUCACCACAGCACCAGUCAAAACAGCAUCAGUGACCACAGCACCAGUGACUACUGCACCUUCAACAGCUGAACCAACGGCCGAAGAACCAACGGCUGAAAAACCAACGGACAAAGAACUAAUGGAGAAAAACCCGAUAGAAAGAGAACCAGCGACCGAAGAACCAACGUCCCCUGCCUCUGAGAAGGUUAAGCAAGUCCGAUAUCUCAUGCUGCCUGUGGUGGUGGUGGUGGUGGUGAUGGUGGUGGCCGGGAUACUACUGUUGCAGGCGCGCAGGAAUGCAGUAAGGAUGAUGAGGCAACAAGUGCAGCAGAGAGCGGUGAGACCUGAGGAAGAGGUGUCGCUGACGGCCUUUGAGAAGCGAGCGAGCAACACCACACUUUGCCUCCAGCUGAGUGCCUCGCCUCGAAAUCAAUAUAAAAAGCACCACCAGCACGAUGCAUUAUUGCCUUAGUUGUUAUUAUAAGUUACUUAAGCCCGUAUUCUGAAACGAUUUGUUUAACUAAUUUUACAGGCUAUAGAGAUGACCAGCCUAGUUCUCAGGGGUGUUUCUCUUGCUAAUGUUGAAAAAUUCUUGUUAACCUGUCACUUCAGCCAUCUAGGUAGGGUCUUCUGAAUGUAGUGGUGUGACGCAGGAGUGUUUCGGAAUAUGGCUCUUAUAUAAAGACUGGCUGACUUGGUUUUCUUAAUUGUCUCGCUGCUGCUGCUGCUGCUGCUGCUAUCACUACUACUACUACUACUACUACUACUACUACUACUACUACUACUAUUAUUACUACAACUACUAUUACUGCUACUACUACUACUACGACGACGACUGUAGCUGCGACUACUACAGUAGCUCAUGCAAUUUACUUACUGUAGUAGUAGUAGUAGUAGAAGUAGAUGUAGUAGUAGUAGUAGUAGUAGUAGUAGUAGUAGUAGUAGUAGUAGUAGUAGUAGUAGUAGUAGUAGUAGUAGUUGUUGUUAUUGUUGUUGUAGUAGUAGUAUUAGAGGGAACACAUGUUUUCUUUAUAUAUACUACUACUACUACUCCUAUUACUACUACUAGUACUACUACUACUACUAAAGUAACUAACACAACGUACUGUGUGCAUUAGGCAAUACGUUUUCUUGUUUUCUUCACUUUCAUGGUUACAUUUUUAUCUAUUAUUUUUCAGUUUGUAUCUUUCGUAUUUGUAAGGAUGUAGUUUUAGUGGAAAACAACAUAUAAAAAUAUAAAAUAAUGAAAAUCAAACAAAAUUAAAAUACUUGGUUAUUAAUAUGAUUAUAAAGAUUUUUUUUUUUAUAAAGAGUAAUAUAUGGAAGCAAACUGUGAUUCCUGUGAAUAAUUGUGAAUAUUGUUACCGCGUUGUCUUCAACAAAUGAUUCUGUCCAUAUAACUUUAUGUAUCUGAAAUAUUGCAAUAAAAAUAAUUUUUAAAUGUCA